CUGAAAACAAUGGCGGCAGUCGUAUGACGCGUCUCGAUUCGGCACACCGUAUGUUGCUCCGCCGUCCGCUUUACGCACAAGCGAUUUGUUGAUUUUCAUCGCGAAUUCGAUCGAAUACUGGUCCUGUGAUUUGUAUUUAUUUGAAUUUUUUGAUCCUGGUGCGUAUACCGACCGUGUGGACGUAACGAUUUUUGCGUAAUAAUCGUAAUAUAACAAUAAUAAUGACAGUUUAUCGGUGGCGAUACCGACGACAACCUGUACAGACACCUUAGAUCGGCUAAGUUCGAUCUCUGUAUCGAUAAGUGUAUGUGUGAGUGAGUGUUUGGCACACGGUGAUUGAUUUUUGAUUAAUCAUUGCAACCAUCGAUCCAUUCAAGACUUAUCACAAUGUACGUCGACCUGACGUGAACACGGACGCAAUCAUCAACGACCGUCCGCUGGACCACUUUUAAUGUUGACGAUGCAAAUGUGAGUAGCUGAUCAAAUUCAUUCUACUAAACUGGCGAGCUACCAUCUGAAUUGCGGUCCUGAAGGAUUGGACCAAGGUGCAUUGUUAGGGGGCGGCUGUGGUGUGUUGCAGCAACAAUCCGCCGCCCCCGGCAUGGCCGAUGUCGUUGUCCAUAAGCGACAAGCGGUUAUUGACAGACUAAAAAGACGAAUGGAAGGGUACAGGAGGCAUAACCAAGACUGCGUUCCACGCUAUAGCAACGCAUUCGCAGAACAGCAAAAUGUACAAGAAACAUUAAUGCUCAAACAAAAGUACAUGGAAACAAAGACCAAAAGGAACGUUAAAAAGAAUGACAAAAAACCCAUGGAAAAUGGCAAUACUAUGCCGAAAUUCGGCUCGAAAAGACCGUCCAGUGAAGAUAUGGAUGGGUCAGACGGCAUAUACCAUGAUGGUAUGCCAGCGCCCCCUAAGUGCGUACCCAUUCCGCCGUGUGGUAACAACGGAGUUGGCGGCGGCCCUCAACAGCAACAACAACAGCAGCAACAACAACAACAGCAGCAGCAACAGCAGCAACAGUCUCCCCAUGCCAAAAAUGACGCGAGCAACAAUGCUAAGUUCAGCGUGAAAAUCGUGCAGGAACUUGAGUUUAGCACCAGCGAACACCAGCAUAACGCUCAGAUCUCCACCAACCUGACGCUGACGUCGGUCAACACGUCAGUGCAGAGUGACGUUACCACGAAACAGUCGGCAGGCGGGGGCCCUGGUGCGGGUGGCGGUACUGUGCCUACCGCGUCCGGCGGCGGUGGGAUUCCACCUGGAAGUGCAGCGGGGACGGCUGGCCCACCGACUGACCACACGAUGCAUGAGUGCAAGCAAGAGCAACCGGACCUGAUGGACUUCCCGGGCGACGGUGACCUCAACGACCUGUCGUUCAUCAACAACGACACCAACGAACCCAUAUUGGCCGUCGACACAGACACGCUGACCGAGAUCAUCUCCGACCUUAACAGCGAGGGCAUCACGCCGGCUGACUUCAACCAGGUGGACCUGUGUGACAAACGGCCCAUAAAGACAGAACCUGAUGCCAGGUGCACACCACCGGUUAAGUCUCCGUAUGACCAACACCAUCAGCAGCAGCAGCAGCAGGUACACCAACAGCAGCAACACCAACAACAGCAGCAGCAGCAGCAGCAGCAGCAACACCAGCAGCAGCAGCAGCGAGGUGGCGGCGGUGGCAACAAUAAUUAUUCGAAUUGCGUGGCCGCCGAGACGCUAAAGCAGUUGGCUGAACAGCACAACAACCAGCAGCAGAGGCCAGACAAGUGCGGUUACGAUUUCCCUUACCAAUCCCCCGGUUCCGUGCCGGACUUUAUACACUCGCCUAGCACUCCCGUAGGCACUCCCAACCCGAACGGUUACAACAUGAUGUCACCCGUUAACUCCAUGUACCACCAGCAGCAACAACAGCAGGAAAAGCAACAGCAGGAGAACAACAACUAUUACCAUCCUCAGGAACAACCCAAGCCGAGGAUGAAGCAACAACAGCAGCAGCAACCACAACAGCAACAGCAGCAGCAGCAACAACAACAACAACAACAACAACAACAACAACAGCAGCAGCCGACGACGGUGGCGCAGCGGCAGCAGAAACAACAGUUGCCACCGCCACCCACGUCCCAACAGCAGCAACAGCAACCUCUACAGUCACCCCAGUCCCGGUACAACCAGUAUAACGGUCACGGAAGUCCUCAGUAUCCUGUGUCGGCGGCCCGCAGGAUAACGCCGUCGCCGGGUGCAGCCUCGGCGGGCGUCCUAUCCCCGCAGCAGCCCAACGCUGCCAGCCCUGAUGUGGUGGCCAGCUCGUUCCAAAUGUCCCAGUCCCAACAAGUUCACGUCAGCCAACAAGGCCAACAACAGGCUUUUGGUCAAGCGCAAGCCAUCCAAGACAGACUUAUGACCAGUGCUUCAGUCGCUUCGACAACAGCACCAAAUUGUGGGGCGCCCAUGCAGCAAUACUAUAAUUCCAACUGCGGAGACAACGGACAACAGUCCUACAUGCAUAUGACCCAGUCACAGAGUAUGACAUUCUCACAACAGCGUGCUAGACUGCUCAGUGCAGGAGCCAGUCCAACCAAUAUUCGACCACCAACUAAUGUACAGCAGUCCAACAUGAAUAACGAACAUCACAUGUUACCUCAGCACAUGAAUAGGACACCCAACCAGAUGAAUAUGAUGGGUCCUGGUGGAUGUCGACCACCUCCUCCUGAAUACAAACUAAACGUUGCCCAAAAUAUGGGUAUGUGCCAAACCCAGUUUCCUGCACAAGGAUACAUGCCAUCUGCCCGGCAGUCUUUACCACAAGGCGCUCAAUCUAGACGACCUAUACAACAACAACCUAUUCCCCCUUCAGGACCUAUGCUACGAUCACAAAUGGCUAAUACUGGUGGUGGUGGUCCAAUGGCAGGUGGCUAUGAUCGUAAUAUGUCAUCAGUUCAAAGAAAUAUGAUGUACCCAGGCUCAGGGAAUCUUCAACGGCCACCAAAUGUCACACCAAGUUCAGAAGCAUUUAACAGUGAUUGGCAGCAAUUGUUAGCAGCAAGACAACAACAGCAGCAACAUCAGCAACAGCAACAACACCAACAUCAACAACAGCAGCACCAACAACAACCACAUCAACAACAAACACAUCAACAACAACAACAGCCACAACCUCACCAGCACCAACAACAUCAAUUUAGACCCACAGUUAGCCAAGCCUCAAUUGGAAAUUUAAACCAAGCUGGAAACACUCCAGUAAACAAUAUUGGUGCAGGUUAUGGUGGUGCUAAUCCAAGUAUAAAUGCUUGCCAAACAGGACCAAAUAAUGUUCACUUGAUGGCUGGACAAAUGCAGCACAUGUCUGCUAGAAUGGGUAAUGGACAGCAAACUAUGACACAGCAACAACAUGCCAAUAUUAGUAUGCAGUCACAAAAUAAUCAAAUGUCAGUAAAUCUUCAGAUGUCCCAAGCAAUGAAUGUUAAAAUGGGUGGAGGUGGCCAGAGUCGUAUGACUACUAAUGCACAGAUGGUUCCUCAACAACCACAACAACAACAACAACCUCAACAUCCAUCACAUCCACAACACCCACAACACUCUCAACAUCCUCAACAUCAUCAUCAACAACAACAGCCUCAACCUCAGCAGCACCCGUCCAUGAUGCGAGCACAGCAACAACAGUCAUUCACCCAACAGCAACAACAGCAAGCAACAAUGAAUACUGGAAAUCCGUAUCAGCGUAACAUGACUUCUGGCUACGGAGCUAACCCACAUCAGCAGCAGUAUCAGCAGCCAAGCACAACAAUGCAACCUGCCCCCGUUGCAAAUCCAACAACUAUGUUAAACACCAACAAUGGAUUACCGUCCCGUAAUUCAUUUAGUCCCAGUGAUUUCAAUUUCGAUUUUCUCGAUCAGCCACUCGCUAAUGAUAGUAAGAAUGGUUUUAACAAUAAGCAACAGACGUUUGGUGAUUUUAACUUUGAUUUCCUUGAUGCUCAUUAAACGUUUUUAUAAUACUGCAUUAGACAUUGGCACCUUGACAUAGAUCGAUAUUUAAUGCUUGUGAUAUUAACUAUGAACUUGAUCACAUUGUUUUGAAAGUUGCACUACGGCCAAUGUAGCUUAAAUAAAAAUUUACCAUCUUUUUAAAAAUGUUUUAAGUUUAUUUUUAAUAAGUAAAAUUGUAUUCUUAAAUAUAAUUUUUGAAAAAUUUCAGUAAUAGUUUUGUUUAUGAUUGAACAAUCAUUUUUGAUGGCCAAUACAAAUGAUGAAAUCCAGUGCAAAUGCAAAGCUACAUAGGCUGUAUAAAAUAACUACUAUUAGCCUAACUUGAAAGACAUAUUAUUUAUAUUGUAUUUUAUAACUAUUUAGAAAGGUAAAUGUCAAAUAUGACAUUUUGUUCCUACUUCUCUUUUUCUUUCUCACUGUUUCUACUGUGCAACUUGCAUACAAUAAAUAUUGUUACCACUCAAUGAGUUAAGGAUUUAAUUGAUGGGAUGUCAACAGUGCAUUUAUUGUCAUCUAUAUUUUCCUUUACCUGGUACAAUAUUAUAAUAAAUUAAUUGUAAUGUGUGUUUUGAAAGAGGUACCGAGUAGUUAUUAUUCAAUUACCUUACUCAUUAAACAGGUCGUUAUCUUAUUUGUGAACAUGCGACCAAAAUAAUUAACCCAAGUUACCAAAUGAUGGUCAGCAAAAAAUAAAAAUACUUCAUUAUGUGAAAGAAUAUUGAAAAUCUUAUAAAAAGAUGAAAAAA